GGUAAGUCCAGUAUCGGCGGGAAAUCCCCACUGUACAUUCUGUAAUUAAUGCGAAUAGAAUGUUUGACGUCACAAUGAGAACAGAGCGAAUGGAAUGUUUGACGUCACAAUCAGAACAUAUAAAACGACGCGCUCUGGAAAAUUCUCUUUAGAUCAUUGAUUCUCUGAGCGAAAGCAAAGCUAAUCCUUGACAGCUAUUACAGACUUUCAGUCCGUGCGCAACAAGUCAAUAACACUGUUACAGACUGUUGUGAAUUAGACUGAGGUAGAAAUGCCUAAAUCAAACGAUCAGCUCAAAAGCGGCGUUUCCCUUCCGGGAGCCGUAAUGGAAGAUGAGUGGAUGCCACCAGCUGUUAGACAGAAUACAAUUCUGUCUGCCUCAGCUCGUGGGCUCGUGACCAGCAGCGGUCUAGGUGGUGCUCAACGGAGGUUGAACAUUUCUAGACCUGCAGCUGGUCAUAUGAGGUUCACUCUUCCAGGAGCUGUGGAGGAUGAUGAGGAGUGUAGCCCGACAGCUGUUAGACAGAAUACCAUCCUGUCUGCGUCAGCUUGUGGGCUUGUGACCGGCAGCAGUGUAGGUGAUGCUCAACGGAGGUUGAACAUCUCUACACCUGCAGCCGGUCACGUGAGGUGUGCCCUUCCUGGGGCCGUAGAGGAGGACGAGUGUAGAGGAGCAGAUGUUAGACUGAAUAACAUCAUGUCUCCGUCAGCUCGUGGGUUUGUGACCAGCAGUGGUGUAUGCGAUGGUCGACGGAAGUCAAACAUCUCUACACAGGCAGCUGGUCACGUAAACCUUCCCCUUCCCGGGGCUGUAGAUGAUGAGGAGUGCAGCCGAGCAGCCGUUAGACAGAAUACCAUUCUGUCUACGUCAGCUUGUGGGCUCGUGACGGGCAGCAGUGCACGAGAUGUUCGGCAGAGGUCAAACAGCUCUACACCUGCAGCUAGUCAAGAGAGCAUCACCCCUCCAAGGGCUGCAAAAAAGGAGGAGAGGAGAAAGAAAAAAGCUGAUAAAAAACCAAAACAGCCAAAGGGAAAGAGCAUCCGUGCUUUUUUCCGUAGAACAGUCCAGGCUAUACAGCAUGCCUGCUGUAUCUGCCAAAAUGAGGAUGACCUGGAGUCAUCUGAUUCAGAUGAUCCUCAGCCAGGUCCAUCCAACCUGCUGUCAAGUACCCGUGAAGAUCCAACUGAUUUGCAGAAAGGUCCAUCUGGACUCAAGCAUACGGGUUUUCAAGAACCAGCCUAUUGCCUGGCUGGUUCUUUUUCCUUGGAAAAAACAGAAAUCCAAGAAGAGACUGAUCGUAACCAAGGUCUAUUCGACCCGGCGGAGCUUCGUGCUCAACCCGAUCAGGCUUUUUGUAAGCCGGGCCCUUUCGGCCCGCACGGAGCCCGUGAGCAAGAUAGUCCCUUCGGACUUGAGCGAGCGUGCCAUGAAGAACCAGCCUAUUGCCUGGCUGGUUCAUUUUCCUUGGAAAAAACAGAAAUCCAAGAAGAGACUGAUCGUAACCAAGGUCUAUUCGACCCGGCGGAGCUUCGUGCUCAACCCGAUCAGGCUUUUUGUAAGCCGGGCCCUUUCGGCCCGCACGGAGCCCGUGAGCAAGAUAGUCCCUUCGGACUUGAGCAAGCGCGCCAUGAAGAACCAGACUAUUGCCAGUCUGGUUCAUUUACCUUGGAGACAACAACAGAAAUCCAAGAAGAGACUGAUCUUGAACAAGGUCCAUUCGACCCGGAGCCGCAGGCUCAACCAGAUCAGACUUAUUGUAAGCCAGGCCCUUCCAGUCUGCAAAGUGCCCGUGCGCAGAAUAAGCCCUUCGGACUCAAGCCAGUGCUCUUUCAAAUACCAGGCAGUCCAUCGGGCCUGCAGUCAAGUGGCCAUGACGAUUCCCAACCUGCUAGUGCAUUUACCAUGCUUUAUACACUAGAAAAACAGAUAGGAAGAGGUGGCUUUGGUACAGUUCAUGAGGGAUAUCGAAAAUCCGAUGGCAGAAAGGUCGCCAUCAAAUUUAUUGAGAAGGCGUGGCACUCAAUUAGCUUUUUAAUGAAAAUGCCUGGACAUGCCAAGCCUCUUUGUUCAGAAGUGGCAAUAAAUCUGAUGCUGCUUCAUCCGAAGAAAAGCCCCUACAUUGCGGAAAUGUUGGACUGGUUUGAAGAGGAAAAUCAGUUCAUCAUCGUUUUUGAGUUUCCUCAUCCCUGCAUGAAUCUUCUUGAGUUUGUCCAGAGGAAUGGAGGUCCUCUGUCAGAAGUCCAGGCACGUCAAUUAAUGCGCCAAGCAUUGCUCGCCUGUAUACACUGCAUUGACAGUGGUGUCUUUCACGGAGAUUUAAAACUCGACAACAUGCUGGUCAACACAGACACGAUGGAGCUGAAAUUGAUAGACUUUGGACUCAGCAAACUUGUGAAAGAUUGUGAGAGACCAGGCGAACCAUUUAGUGGGCUAUAUUUUGCUGAUGAACAGACGAGGCAUGCUUUGGCUAUUUUAAUGUUCAAAAUGUUGCAUGGACAAAUGUUUAGAGGCAGAACCACUGAUGGCACUGCUAUGAUAUCCAAAGAGUGUCAAGACUUGAUGUCUCUGUGCCUGGACUUCCAUGAAGAAAAGAGGCCAACAUUGAGAGAAUUCUUACAACAUAAAUGGUUCGAUGAGGAAUAAAGGUUGGGAUGUCUGCCAACGUGAUGCCUUGCCAGUCUUGGCGUGUUGAAGUCUCUCACAGAUGGUCCAGAAGUCAAUCUUAGCUUUCAUUGGUAAUUAACUGCACAAGAGGCUGUUUGACCAACACGCACCAGUCAGUUUGCUUUGUUUAGCGUGUCAUUUUGGGGGGUUGAAAAAAUAGAGCUCAUCUAAGAAUUCAGACCCUUUACUCAGUAGUUAGUUGAAGCAGCAGUUACAGCCUCAGGUCUGACAAACAAAUCCAGGUGUUGCAAAGCUUGCUGCGUAACCAAACUGAUCAGAAGCACCAUUUACUUCAAUAUUAUUUUUUCCUACUAUGGAAGUAAAUGGUGCUUCUGAUCAGUUUGGUUACAAACAAUAUUCAAAAUGCAUUCUUUUGUGUUCGUCAGAAUCCUUUAAGAUGUAAAAACAUCUCAUCAACCAUCAAGAGAAAUGGGAGAUAAACUUAAGCAAAAUUUCAGGUGUUGUUGUAAAGGGUCUGAAUGCAUUUGUAAAAGUUUUUAAAAUUCUGUUUUCAUUUUUUCAUGGUGUAAAUAUCAACAAUUGUUCAUGCAACAACAUAAAAUUGAAAAAUGAAGGUGGUCUGAAUGCACUGUGACUGUAGAUGUCAGUCAAGAUCUGAAGCUCAUUGUCACUUUUAUAAACACAACAGCUGUCUUCCUUCAUCAGACAGCUAUGCUAUGUUUUUAGUCAGACUAUUAAAGAACACAAAUCUUGCCCUUAUGUGCAAUAAGAUUUCUUAUAUUUUGGCUGCAGCAUUGACAAUGAAAUAACUUGUGGUUUGUUUUUCCUCUUUAGAUGGUACAGUACAGUAUGAGGGUAAGGUAAACUAACAACAA